CUUCACCGUAACUCAAACCGCCCAAACGUACUAUCCUCAAUCACCAUGCCAGGCGCUCUCGUCACCCGCAAUACCACCGGCAAGGUAGGCAUGUGGAACGGCACUCGUGACGGCGAAAACGCCUACAUCGACCAUGCCAACGGCUCCACCAACAUCAAACCCCCCAAAGAAAUCGAUAUCACCGUGACGGAUCUCCGCUCGGUGUCGCCGCAACCCACCCACGCCAGCAAAGGCUACCAAGUUGUCCGCCACACCACCUCCAUCACCCCCGAACAGUUCCUCGCCGCCGCCGACACCGAGGAAGGCAAAGCCACCAUCGAAACCCAGUACUACCCGGAGGUCCAGAAACUCGUCACCGAGGUCACCGGCGCCGCAACAGUGAUUCCGUUCGGGUUCCGCGUGCGCCAGCAGAACCUGAACGCAAAGAACGUCUUCGCCGCCAAGUCCAAGGGCAGCUCCCUGGCCGUGGCACACGUCGACCGCGACCUCGAUAACGGGUUCCUGCGGCUGCAGAACGUCGUCGGCGCCGAGGAGGCCGAACGCCUCGUGCGCACCCACAAGCGCUGGGCCUCCGUCAACGUGUGGCGGUCGAUCGACCAGGCCGUCAAGCAGUGGCCGCUGCUACUGAUCAACCACGAGAAGAUUGAGGACUGGCAUUAUGACACACACAUGGAACGCUUGUACACCAUCAAUGACCCCUCCGAGGCGGAGACUGGCGGUAAGGACCACGACACGGUGCUGAAAUUCGAUCCGCGCUACGAGUACUACUUCGCCAGCGACCUGGAUGUCGAUGAAGCGUUGGUGUUUAGCUCGUUUGACACGGAUGUGACCAAGGUCGUUCCCCAUGGGGCGUUCUGGGAUAAUGAUACCCCGGAAGAUGCGCCGACGAGGCGGUCGAUUGAGGCGAGGUCGUUUGUGUUUUGGGAUCCAAUUGAGGCGUGA